AUGGAAGAUGGGCUGCUGCGGACCUUCCACCUGGGGCUCUCAGAUGCGAACGUGGCGCGCCGGCGCCAGGUCGCCCAGGCUGCGCGGACCGAGGACCGAGGCAGCCUGGGCUAUGGAGAUCGAGGCGUGGUGGAGGUGCCUUGGUCGCAGAUGGAGGCUCUCCUUGAGGCAGACGUGGCGCUGCUGCGGUCUCAACUGGAUGCCUUGCCCAUUUGGGACCCCGAGCUGCACACGCGCCUGAGGCGCUGGGCUUCGGCGGAUGGUGCUCGGGACCUAGAGGCCGGUGAGAGGUAUCGCUUUGAGGUCGCACCAGAAGGUGGGGCCUUGGAGUGCAGUGGCACCGUCUCGGGCGAGUCCUUGGCAUUGCUGACCGGUGAGGCCCCGAGCCGGUCUUCCACUUCGGCCUGGGUGUGGGUCUAUCGCUUCACUUCGGCGGCCACAGCCGCUGCGCAGCUCUGCCACCAUCCCACGCUGGCAGCCACGGCCAGUCAGUUGCGGGCGGCCGUGGUGUGCAGGACUCCAGAAAUGGAUGCCGUCGUGGGCAUGCAGGUCUACUUGGCUGCAGCCUGGCGUGCCACAUCCUCGACCCCUGCACCACCCACCAACACUCCAUUGCCACUGGCCGCAGCCGCACGAGGGGAGAAGCGCUUGAGGCAGCUGGCGCUGGAAGUGAUGGUGGCCGAGGCCUUGGACUUCUCCUCGCUGGCGGCCUUGCUGCGGGCGGAGCUGGCCUCGCUCGCGCAGGCUCUCAGAAACGGUUCCACUGCAGCGCCGGCCGGGCCGCGCUUCGCGUGCCGGCUGGCGGACUUGGCUUGCCUGGAUGAGGAUGGGAAGGAAGACAGUACGCCCUCCAUCCCGUUGUCCUCGCACCGCUCGGAACGCCCAUCCCGGAGGCGGUCCAGGCCUGAGAUGUCGGAGAAAGCGCUCCUGGAGUCCGACGUGACCGCCGCACUGGCCGCCGCCAAGCGCCUCUUGAAGCGGGAUCUCUCUGAGGUGCUCAACCCACCACCGCCACCGCCGCCGAACGCCAAUCAGCUGGGCCAGCUGGAGGUUCAACAAGGACUUCUGCACCUGGCUCGUGGCAUUGAUGCCAAAGCAUUUGUACAUAGUGGGGACCAGGUCCCUAUCCGUUUGGCCGUUUUGCCGGACUACUCCAUGAGCGUGGAGGUCUCGGGGGACGUGAGGCUCUUCCGUCUAACGGAGGUGGAUCAGGUGGCCUCCGGAGAGAAGGCGCUGGAGCUUCUAGAGGGUGUCAGCUUGAGGUGCAAGCCGCCCUGGCGCAUUUGCGCGUUGAAGAUGAAAGACGGCACCUGUUUGGCGCUGCUUCCAUCGGAGGUAGUGCCCGACGUCUUUGUGCGAUGUCUCCAGCAGUUGCAGGAGGGUGCAGAAGAAAGUGAAGCGGCCAAGCCAGGCCCAGUGAAGCGCCCCUCGUCUGCACGUCCAUCAGGUGGGCAGAUGGCCUCAGCCCCUACACCGCCGGCACCGCUGGUGGUGCAGGAGCCUUGGGUGGCGGAGCCAGUGGCAUUUCGCGCACGGCCGGUCGAAGGCCGAGAUGGCUUUAUCCCCAGGACCAGGCUGGCGGCGUCCUCCAGCCCCGCCCGAACUGCAUCGGUGCCGGUGCGGGCAAGUGCCUCCAGCUCGGGUUUUCUGAGCGCCAGCGUGGAUGCUGGAGCACCUUUGCCGCAAACGGUUUGCGCUACUCCUCGCCAGGCUGUGGCUGGCACUUGGUACCAAAUGUCUCCCAGACAGACGAGUUGGCCAACGCAGCCUGUGACUCCCCGGAUCUGGCGCCCAGUGGUGACGCUCCCAGCUCACCCAUCACCGACAGCGAGCGCCGUCGGCUCAGCGCCAGCCCCGGUGACGCAGCCAGCAUUGAUGACACAGGCGCCGAUGUACACCGUUCCGGCAGUGGUGACACAGCCAGCGUGGGGACAUGCGCCGCAUGCGCAUGUGGUGCAUCCUCAACCGGUGACCUGGGUCCAACGAUGA